AUGGCUUCUCCCCGGAGCUCUAUUCAUACUACGCGCCCAGCGGCCAGUAGUGCUUGGGAGAUGCCCGGGCGGACGCCUGCGCCAAUGUAUCGCCAUGCCAUGCCAUCAGGCCCUUGGCCAUGGAUGGAUUUUAAUGUGGACCUGAAAUCCGGUCAACAGUCGAAAGAGACUCAUUAUGACCAGUCGUGGAAAGGCUACCCACAGAGCAUUUUCCCCAAUUGGACUCCCGAGCAGGUGGCGCGCAGCGAGAUGUUAACCCAGUGCCAGAACCGACAGUCUGGUUGUUGCACGAUAUACAAUGUCGACGUUAAAGACAAUGGCUCCUUCGUUGUUGGUCAAGCAGAGAGGUUUGAGGUAUCGAGUACCAAUGGAGAAGAGGUUUGGAAGUCAUUCCAGGCAGAGCGUCCAAAGGGCACUCGUGUCCGAGCACUAUUUGUGGAUAAAAUGACAGUCCCCAUUCUCAGAAUGUUGGGUACAAAAUAUACUAUCGAACCUUUCUUUUUCUCUUCUUCUACAAACUGGAUACCAUCGCGAUAUCAAGAAGAAGUGAAACCAAAAGAAGGAGACCAUAUCACAAUCACUUUACCCUUCAUACGCGCCGUGCAAUGUCCCCCUUCUCAGUCGGCAACUGCGCCCUCGACGACGAGCACGUACCCGAAUUUCACUAAAACAUAUCCAUCACGUGUUAGUUUAGACGCACAUCAAAUCAUAGAUACCCAGUCACCUCUCUUUCUUCGUUCCUCUCGUCAUAUCCUCAUGCUUGAUCUUCUUUCCCUACACAUGGUUCGCUCCAAGGAUACAAGCACUAUCAUCUCGUACCAUUCGGACUCAGAUUCGCAUAGGACUGGUGCAGAACGAAUGAACGGUCUGUUAUAUUCGAUAGGCCAGAGCGUUUACUGGCAAAAAAUAUUCAGUAAAACCAGCGAUCCCACCUUUGUGCUGCUGUCCAUGCUGUGGUACGCACUAUAUGCAUGGGACGAAUCUUUUGAGAUUCUGUACGCUCAUAUUAAUAUUUUGGAGUCAUCUGUUAUUACGACUAACGAAAUGCACCUGACACGCGAGCUGCAUAUCAUUCAAGCUCAUCUCUUGUUCUACGCCACCCUUCUACAAGAUUUCAUCAAGUCGGUUAUGUUUGUGUUAGAGACUCCCCAUCCUGCGACGGAGGCUGAUCUUCCUGAUGGAAAAGGACGACAGGAACAACAAGACUCGAAGGAUCUCCUAAAGAAAGAGUGCAGUAAUUUGUUGUCUGCAAUUGACAGGCUAGAAGGUAUCAGAGAUAUGCAUAGUAAACGUCUGCAAAACGUCAUGAAUCUCGCAUUCGCCACUGUGAAUAUUGACGACAGUAAACAAAUGAAGGAGUUGACGCAAGCCGCUUUGCGAGAUUCCACUGCCAUGAAGCAGGCAAGUAUAUCUUAUCUCACGAUGAUUUUUCUACCUGCAAGCUUUACGGGUACGGUAUUCGGAAUGAAUGUUAAAGAAAUUAACUCGGGUUCCUACGAAACGCUGGCCCACUACGCUAUAACAACUGUGUUACUGACCCUUACCACCGUUUGGAUUGUCGUGGCUCUUCAAAGCGCCAGUCAUUUCCACGGACCUGGUCCUGACAAGGGCGUGUGGAUCCGGCUUUGCUGGCCUGUUCGAGUUUCACUGCGCAAGUGGAGGGAAUAUAAUCAAAGACGAGCCGCGAAAAUUAAUUCUCAAAAUAAAAAGCAAGAUCUAGAAAAAGGAUCAAUCACUGACGAUUAA